AUGGCUCAGUUCGUUCUGCGCGAUAAUAUCUCGCAUGCCGUCCAGGAUAAUAUCUCGCAUGCCGUCCAGGACGACAUCUCGCAUGCUGGUCAGAACGACGUCUCACACGCCGGUCGGGACGGUAUCCCCAACCUGGUACAUUUCGUCUACGUACUCAAAGACCCCAAGGCCGAUUUCGGCUUUCAGUUUAGUGAUUAUUUGUCCAUAUUUGCCGCCAAGCACUAUUGGGCGCCUCAGAAGAUUUAUUUGCACACCAAUGCGUUGGAUGGUUCCAUUACACGCGCAAGAAACGGCCAGGCAGGUAAAUGGAGCCAGCUGAUAUUCCGCAUUCCUGGGGUCGUCGUGAAUAUUGUUGAAGCUCCAACCCGCACGAAUACCGGCACCGAGAUCAUUCACAUGGCGCAUCGAUCGGAUUUCGUAAGGGUCAAGGCAGUACGUGACUUUGGGGGUGUGUAUAUCGACUUCGACGCUCACCCCCUGCGAGAUAUCAAGGUAUUGCGCGAGAGCGGCUUCCGUGCUAUUGGAGGCAGGCAAAAGGAUGGCGAUGUAAUGAGUGGCACUUUUAUGUCGGCAAAAGGCGGCAAGAUGAUCGAGCAAUGGACCGAGCAAAUGCACCCGGCAUUCGACGGAAAAUGGGCAACCCAUAGCAACCAGGUCAUUACCAAGAUUGGGGAAAAACUCAUUGCCGAACCUGGAGAAAUGCUGAUCAUGGAGCGAGCGGCCUUUGGACCUCUCAGUUGGGAAGACAAUGACGUCGCCAAAUUAUACGAUGUCCACAACGAUAUCACGUCGGCCAUCGAAAAUCUCACCCAGGGCGAUCCGCUACCAGUCGUGGAUAACAACCGCCCGACCUGGGCCCGAGAUUGGUCCAGUAGCUAUAUUCUACACGCAUUUAAAGGUUCAAAGAAAGUAUACAACAUCAAGGGUCACAAAGGGAUUACGCCACGAUAUAUACUAGAAAGACAGAGUAACUUUGCGCGCGCAGUAUAUCCUAUUGCAAAUGUAAUGUAUGAAAGAGGACUGAUCAGUUUGAACGAUACCAACACCGGGAAAUGA